ACGUGGUGCGGAAGUACUUCAUAGACGCAGACUCACGUUGUGGAGUGGAGUGGAGUUUAAAUUUCAAUGCAGAAAGCAUAACGAGAAGCACAUCAGAAUGGAAUGUAGUGUUCAGUCUGCUCUACCAGCUAAACAGGCUGCAAUUCUGGGCAUCCAGUCCCAAGAUGCCAAUCAAGCAGAAGCUUUCACAAACGCAUUUCUGAAGAGGAGCAUGCCAAGGCUCAAAGAAGAGGAAAUCCAGCAGUUUUUGGUUCGCAAGGCAGUGGUACUUGAGCAUGCCUUCAAGAGAGUUCAGAAGAAAAAGAGGAAGAAAGCAAAAGGCCUAAAUGCCAAGCAGAGGAGGGAAAUGAAAGUAUUUGAGCUGAAACCCGAGCAGCAGAAGUAUGAACUCUUCUUGCCACUACAUGAAUUGUGGAAGCAGUACAUGCGUGAUCUUUGUAAUGGACUCAGACCAGAAAGCAACCCUCAGAUGAUCCAGAAUAAGCUAUUGAAGGCAGAUUUCCAUGGUGCUAUUAUAACAGUAGUCAAAUCUAAGUGUCCUUCUUAUGUGGGCACUACAGGAAUUCUUUUACAAGAGAUGAAGCAUGUGUUCAAAAUUAUCACAGAAGAGGACAGGCUGAAAGUUAUCCCAAAGCGCAACAGUGUCUUUAGUGUGGAAAUUGAUGGAUUCAUUUCCUAUAUCUAUGGCAGCAAGUUUCAGCUCAGAUCAAGCGAGCGCUCAGCUAAGAAAUUUAAAGUGAAAGGAACCAUAGACCUUUAAUUGAGAGCCAAUGUAGCUGAAGCAGCCUCUUAGGAAAUGUCACCAGUUGCUCCACUGAGACUAAUGGAAAGAGAUUUGCAGCUGCCAGGCAAGAUAUGAAAGAAAUUCAGCUUCUCGGAAAAGGCUAUUGAUUAGCUUGUCUCUGGAGAAACAUCUUUUUUUAAUGGCAGUCAGUUACUUUAUGCUUUUAAUUUCCACAGUUUAAUGCUAAUCUGAUUACAUCUAGCAACAAUGCACUGGCAAAAAGGCAAUGUUUCUCAGACCAUUUAAAUUAACUCAGUUUCUUUCAUAAUGUACAGUCUCAAGAAUUUUGAACUAAACGUGAACUGCUUAUUACUAGUGCUGCAGGCCACAGAAGCCUGACACUUAGUACAGGAUUAAUUUUUAAUAUGCGCUUUUUAAAUGUUAAACUCCUUAAGGAAGACAUACUGUCUAGGUAACUAUAUCAGAGCUUUUUAAUUGAGUUCUGUCAGUGAAUGCUGGCAAAAAGUGUAGGAAAUCUUUCUGUACAAGAUGUCCUUUACUGCAGUGGUGACUUUCAAACAGAAAACACAGAUGUAUUCUAGAUAGAAACACAGUUGUAUUCUAAUUGAUCAAAAGAAAUGAAGUGUUUGAGAAACUGUGCUAUGGAAAAGGUUGUUUUCAUUAUUGAAUGCGUAUAAUAAAUCAGUUUAUUAUGAAGGAAAUAAAGUGAUUUUACUUUGCAUUGUUAUUUAAAUUAGUCUUGGAAACAAGGAUGAUGGAUUUUGGGAAGCGUAGUGGUUAGCACUGCUGUCUCAACGCUGGGGCCCUAGUCUUCUAAACUCAUUGUAAUUAUUCCUACUCAUUGUCCAUUGUGUCCAAGCUUCACUGAUUAAAAAUAGACCUUUGUGUCAUA